ACUGCCAAAUCCCGAUGAUACUAACACAGAGCAUUCUAGUGUCCUACGAGCUACAACUAUACAGAGGAACCUCGUCUCUACUACUGGUACUAUCGUUCUGCCCUCCCUGGACGGAACACCUGCUUCCUGUUCGCAAUCACCCCGCAGGCGCUGUGUUGUCUACUGGCAAGAGCAUACCCUAGUACGAUGACGUCCGCAUGACUUCUUGCAUAGAUGGAUUAACACUACUACCGCCAAGUCCGGCUCUGGCUAAUAUCAAGUCGAGUCAACUGAGCA